CCCUGUGUUAUAGUGGAAGCAAAAAAUGAGGUGCAUUUAUUACAGUUAGGGCAAAGACUCAAGGGAACUCUAGGAUAUUCAGUGUCAGGCUCUCUGAAACCCUGUUUUCUUCCCCAUGCAGCGGCCCUCCAGGCACUGAAGCGCAAGAAGAGGUAUGAAAAGCAGCUGGCGCAGAUCGAUGGCACACUAUCAACCAUCGAGUUUCAGCGGGAGGCCCUGGAGAAUGCCAAUACCAACACCGAGGUGCUCAAGAACAUGGGCUAUGCUGCUAAGGCCAUGAAGGCUGCCCACGACAACAUGGACAUCGAUAAAGUUGAUGAGUUAAUGCAGGACAUUGCUGACCAGCAAGAACUUGCAGAGGAGAUUUCAACAGCUAUUUCAAAGCCUGUAGGAUUUGGAGAAGAGUUUGAUGAGGAUGAGCUCAUGGCAGAAUUAGAAGAACUAGAACAGGAGGAACUAGACAAGAAUUUGCUGGAAAUCAGUGGACCCGAAACAGUCCCUCUACCAAAUGUUCCCUCUGUAACCUUACCAUCAAAACCCACCAAGAAGAAGGAAGAGGAAGAGGAUGACAUGAAGGAAUUGGAGAACUGGGCUGGAUCCAUGUAACUGGUCCAGUGCGGGCUGGGCCCAGACAGACUCUGGUGGCCUGUGCAGCGGGCAGGCGUGUGCGUGUGUGGGGCAGGCAGGACAUGGUGCAGGCAGGUUCCAUCGCUCCUGAGUCUCCCUCCAAAUCAGUAGGGCCGCAUCACUGCUCACUCUGCAUAGCAUGGUCUG